CGUUGCCGGGUUCACGUCUUCCCGCAUUGCGUCCACCGUUCGGUGAAUUGAACCAUCUGCGCCCAUUCCCUCGUAGAUUUGGGUGGCAUUCCCGCCGAUCCGCAGAGAGAAGGCGAGAGCAGAGACAAGAUGUCAGUGCCCGACCACCUUUUCUCAGUGAGGAACAACUUCUACCUCGGGGCGUAUCAGGCGGCCAUCAACAGCAGUGAUCUCCGCGGCCUUUCCCUGGAAGACGCCGUCGAGCGGGAUUGCAUUAUCUACAGAUCAUACAUCGCUCAGGGAAAACUCAAGUUGGUGAUCGAUGAGAUCGACGACUCGGCGCCCACACCGCUACAGGCGGUGAAGCUCCUGGCUCUUUAUUUGUCUGGACCGCAGCACAAGGAAAGUGCAAUUUCGAGCCUCCAGGAGUGGUUAAAUGAUUCUGUGACAGGAAAUAAUCUUGUUCUGCGAUUGACUGCUGGAACAAUAUACAUGCAUGAACAAGACUAUAAUGAGGCCUUGAAGCAUACCAACUUGGGAGGCACUAUGGAGCUGCUUGCUUUGAAUGUUCAGUUGUAUCUUAAGAUGCACAGGUCAGAUCACGCUGAAAAACAGUUGAGGGUCAUGCAACAGAUUGAUGAAGAUCAUACACUUACACAACUUGCUAAUGCAUGGUUAAAUUUGGCUGUGGGAGGUUCAAAGAUACAGGAAGCAUUUCUUAUUUAUCAGGAUUUUGCUGAAAGGUAUCAAGAAACGUGCAUGACAUUAAAUGGAAAAGCUAUAUGUUACAUGCAUAUGGGACAAUUCGCUGAAGCUGAACCACUUUUACUUGAAGCCAUGAAUAAGGAUGCCAAUGAUGCAGAAACUCUUGCAAACCUUGUUGUUUGUGGUCUUCAUCUUGGGAAGCCAUCAUCACGAUACCUUAGCCAACUCAAAGUGUCGCAUGCUGAACAUGUGCUUAUCAAACGUAUGACUGCUGCGGAAGAGAAUUUUGACAGAGCUCUUCAAGUAGUGGGAUGAUGAAGCCUGAGCGGUGCCUGCUUUUGUGAAAUACACAACAAAAUGCCAUCAGCUGACAACACUGUCAAGCAAAAUCCUUAUGAAUUUUUUUAACCUUUUGUUUCAGGAAACAAAUGUUUCCAAUAUUCCAUUUGUCAUUCGAUUAAAUCAUUGUUCCGUGAUUUCUGUCAUGAAAAGGUCAUCAUCAUGAAAUCAAAUAUGCAGACUGGGAAGAGGUUUCUUCUCCACAGGCCCGUUUUCUUUUUAAUAAACUCGAUUCAUUGUUUUUGUGUGAGGAUCUUGCUUUUGCAACAUAUGAUAUUUUUAGUCAUCUACGUGGCUUUGGGUCGGAGGCUCAAUUUUCAUGCC